AUGAUAAGUGCAUCAUCAUAGUAAAAAAAAUAAUUAUAAAAAUAUACAAUGUUAGAGGGUGAAAGAAAAUAAGGAUAAUUCCCAUUGUUGGAGAUGUCACAUUUACUUUAUGGUGGCAAAGAUUAAUUUGAUAAGUUUCUUGAGAGAUAGAACUUCUUUGAUACUAAUCCUAUGUUCAAAGUCAAUCAUGAUUUCUACAAUAAAUCAAGAUAGGAUCAAAUUCUCUUGAAUGCUGAAAGAACAGUAGAAGCAAUGAAGAAAUUAUCAUUGGGUGAUCCAAAUUACUACACUCCAAAUGUGUUGUGCCCACAGGGUAUCUUCAUAUCCACAGUUCAUUUUGCCAUGGUUAUACCUGCAUUCUAAGUCUUGGCAUCUGAUGAUUAGAUUACAAAAUGGAUGACUUCAUUAAAGAAUUUUAGUGCAAUUGGAUGUUAUGCUUAGACAGAAUUAGGUCAUGGUUCUGAUGUUUAGAAUUUGUAGACUGUAGCUGUCUUUGAUAAAUAAACUACAGAGUUUGUGAUUCACACACCAAAUAUAGAAGCUACUAAAUUUUGGCCAGGAGAAUUGGGAUUGUAUUGUGAAUUUGCCUUGGUAUUUGCUUAAUUGCAAGUAGACGGCAAAGGAUAUGGAGUACAUCCCUUUUGGAUCAGAAUCAGAGAUAAGGAGACUCAUAAACCAUUAUCAGGUAUUGAAAUUGGUGAUAUUGGUCCAAAAAUGGGUUAUGCAGUUAAAGAUAAUGGAUUCAUGAGUUUUGACCAUUUUAGAGCACCAUUGGACAGUUUGUUAAAUCGAUACAUCAAAGUCAGCAGAGAUGGAAAAGUAGAGAGAUAAGGAAAUCCAAAAGUUGGAUAUGGAAGUAUGAUGUAUAUGAGAAACAUUCUGUGUGAUCAAUAUACAAAGUUUGGUGGCAGAGCUUUAACAAUAGCAGUUCGUUACUCAUUGUAUAGAAAAUAGUUUAAAGAUGACAAUAAACAGGAAAUCAGAAUCUUAGAUUAUCAAUUGUAAUAACAAAAGUUAUUCCCAUUAUUGGCUGAAUUCUAUGCUUGUGUUUUUGGAAGCAUAAAGAUAAAGGAAUUAGUAAAUGACAAUUUCAACAGAAUUUCUUAAUCAAAUGAUUUUAGUUUACUUGGAUUGACUCAUGCUGUGUUAAGUGGAGCCAAGGCCAAUUAUACAUAUUUCGUAUCAAAUUGUGCAGAAUGGUGUAGAUUGAGUUGUGGAGGACAUGGAUUUGCUCAUUAUUCAGGAUUGCCAAUCAUUUUCUUUGAAAUGUCUCCAAAUAUUACUUUAGAAGGAGAAAAUACUAUCUUAAAUUUAUAAUUAGCUAGAUACUUACUUAAAUAGUUGUAACACAUAGUCUCAAAACCAAGUGCAGUCCCAGAAUUUUUCAAGUUCUUAUCACUAGAAACAGUUAAAGUAGAUGAUGUCACAACAAUUGAUAAUUUAAUUAAACUUUUAGGUUUGAAUUGUGCUAUUCUGACUAAAUAUGCUGCCUAAAAAUUAAUGACUCACUCUGAUAUGAAAGAGAGUUGGGAUACAAAAUCUGGCAUAGCAUUAGCCAAAGCUGCCUCUACAUUCAUUCCUUACUUUAAUAUGCUUUGUUUCUUAGAUACUAUUAAUAACAAAGCAAAAGAAACCAAGGAAAUUCUAACAAUUUUGGCUAGAAUAUAUGGUAUCACCAUGUUAUUGAAUAACAUGCAAGGAUUAUUAUUAAAAAAUCAACUUAACAGUUAAUAAAUUAAAACACUGUAAGACACAAGGGAAUCACUAUACCCAAUCAUAAGAACAAAUGCGUUAUGUUUAGUGGAAGCACAAGGAUUGUCUGAUAACUCAUUGUAAAGUUUGAUAGCUCCAAAAGAAGGGGAUGUUUAUAUGAACAUGUACAAUUUCGCUUCAAAAGAAAAUUCAUUAAAUAAAUAACAAGUGCACAAUGGCAUUAACUACAUUCAAAAAAUGAGAGAAGUGAAUGCUAAAUUAUGA